GCGGUGCGAGAGAGGGUGCUGUGUCUUUACCGGCCAAGCCAUGAGGGUGUCACUUGCGUUGGUGUUCGCAGCUUUGGUGCUCGUCUCGGCCGCCUCUGCAUACACCCUGGAGCAGGAUGACAGCGAGCCUCCGCCAGAGAGCACUUUAGACGACUACAGCGAUAACAACUUGGAACGACUCUUCCAGAACUCUCAAAAACGUUCUUCUCUAAUUCGUCUUUUCAGGCGGUCAUGCGUCCGCAAGGGCGGCAGCUGCGACCACAGGCCUAACGACUGCUGCUACAACAGCUCUUGCCGGUGCAACCUGUGGGGCGCCAACUGCAGGUGUCAGCGCGCCGGCCUCUUCCAGAAGUGGGGCAAGUAAAGGAGCGACACGGAGGCGCCGGAGCAGGCCCUCGCAGACGGAACAGACCACUCUGCCAAGGCCUCCUCCGGUUACAACUAGAAGUAGACACGCGAAUUAUUUGUCGGUGGUUUGAUGUUCUGUAACUUCUUCUUCCUCCUCCUCCUCUCCUCUCGUUCUUCAUCAGUGUCAAAAUACAAGCAAGCUGUACCCGCCAAAUUGCUGCUGCGUAUUUUGGAUAUAUCGUUUAUUGGAGUGCUAAAAAAAUAAUGUUUCCGAUUUCGUUCGCUUGAAAUAAAUUUGCUUUUUUUCCCGCGUCCGGAACAGAACUGUGCAAAGGACUUUCCGGACUUUGGUAAGGUUGUUGAAAGUUUCUAAAUCGAGCCGCUGUCGGCGCCACUUGCACGUUCUCCGCUAAAACGGUCAAUUCUUCCAAAAUUAUACAAAUCUAAAUUCUGUUUGUUCGUUUCUGAUAAACAGCAGACUGUACGAAGACACAAUAACUUAAAAAUUAUAUCAAGGAUUAAAGCUAAACGUCAUUUACGAAAACAGAAAUGUAAUCGGGGAGUUUAAAGUUAAAAAUUGAGAAAAAUAACGUCAUGGGUGUCAAAUGCAUCAAAUAUAUUCACAAAUGUAGACUAGCCAGCAUAUAUUAUCGUGAAUUUAUGUAAUCCAAAAGACUGGGCGGCGCGCGGGUGGCUCAGACCGCGUCUAAUUGGAGAUUUCCCCAGCCACGUCUCCCAAUUAGACCCGGACUGAGCCCGCUUUUUAAUCAAAUCAAAAGAGCAACCCACGCUCCAGCACCAGACAAUGUACCUUGUAUGUGCUGAAUCACCAAUAAAGGAUAAUACUAUAUUCA